CUCCUGAUGGAGAUACAUUUAACUACCAUAAGACUCUGGAACCUUCCAUCCUCGGCUUACCGGAAAAAUGUGCUGACUCUUGUAUGUACACCAAACAUGGGGACACAUCAGGAAUUCUUUACUGUUUUGGAGAGGGUCCAAUGACAUAUGAGUGUACUGAUGAAAGCAAUGAUCCGACCAAUACUGCUGAGAGUUCUGAUGUAACAACCACCGGAAAGGCUGAUGGAAUCACUGACAUAAACACUGGUGUCAAAUGUGGUGUAACUAAGGUUGGCACAAGAAUUGUGGGAGGCUUAGAAACACCGGUGAAUAUGUACCCUUAGAUGGUUAUGAUGGCUGAUCCUCAGGGAAUAUACUACGGAUGUGGAGCUACCCUAGUUUCAGCAGAGUGGGUUGUAACAGCUGCUCAUUGUAUUAUUAGAGAUGGACAAGACCAGGCACUCACAGCAGACGAAAUAUCUGUUGUUCUUGGAGAGCAUGAUUUAAUCUCAACUACAGAAACACAGAUCAGGAAGCAGUUUUUUGUUGAGAAGAUUAUUACACAUCCAGGAUAUGUAAACAAUACACAUAAAGAUGACAUUGCUCUUCUCAAGCUCAAAACAAAGGCUGAUCUGAAGAUUUAUACUCCAGCAUGUUUACCACCUUCUGGGACAUCGUUUGUUGGGAAAACUGGAACAGUUUAUGGUUGGGGUAGAACAUCGCUAGGUGGACAGAUCUCUACUAAGCUAUUGGAAGUUAACCAAGAUGUUGUCAGCAUUGCUACUUGUAAAACUGUUUAUCUUAAUAAGAUUCUUGAUGGUAUGCUGUGUGCAGGAGGAGUACUAGGACAGGAUUCUUGUCAAGGAGACAGUGGAGGUCCGUUCACAGUUCCUGAUGCAACCAACAUUCAUUCAUUGGCAGGAGUUGUCAGUUGGGGUUAUGGUUGUGCACUGCCUGAUAUUUAUGGAAUAUAUUCUGAUGUGGCCUACUACAAUGCCUGGCUUAAAGAACAGUUUGCUGCUAAUGGUGGAAUAACACUAACCUAAUCAAAUAUCAAUAAC